ACAUGUCAAUGCCCUCCUUCACAGCGAAAUUUACAAAGCUCAAGUCCGUAGUUCCCUACUGAAGGACGCCCGCGCCCUCUGUUCAGAAUACCAGACUUACCUGCAGAAUAUCGUCAACACGCUAGCAGCCACGAUUCAGGCCUUGAAAGUGGUGGUCGUACCUCGCUUCUCCCUGAAAGACGGUUCGGCUGUCGAGAAAGAAGAGUACAAGAGGCAGCACGAGCUUUUGACCGAAAUUGCCGCUCUGCACAAGGAGAUUGAAGGAAACACUAAUGGCACUGAAGAAUUGGCUAGUAUCUGUAGUACAAUUGGCGCGGACAAAUACGCAGUGGCACCCUCUAAGAAACGACAGAGCUUCCAGGCGGCAGAGCAGGGUAUUUCUCAGGAACUCAAGCGUCGAAAGAAGGGCAAGAAGGCAGAGCCAGGUGAGUACCAAGGCUCGAAACCUUGACUCGGAAGCUGUGAUCCGACAAGGUACCUCCAGAUGUAAGUCCAAUGCCUCUGACGGCCUUGCGCAUCUUCCUUCCCUUGUCUCAGACGCUGAAGAUGAAAAAGAGGACGUCGAUGUAGAUUACGAGCCGCCCCCUCGAUCCGCCGAUGAAGAUGGGUGCUCAAGCGUAGAGAGCUCUCAGGGAGAGAGCAUUGCCGAAGAAAGCGAGCUGGAAGGCCUCCGAGCUGAUGGCGACAAAGAUUCCGCGAUGACUGAGGCAGAAGACACCGCGAUGGCAAGCGUCGACGACUAUCAGCCUGUUGAAUCUCAAAAGGGCGAGCAUACGCCUGCUUCCACUGACAGCGACAGCAAGAAAAAGGGCCCUCGAGGUCCAAAGGAAGAGGCGUUCCUGGCGGGCGACGAUGGAGUGCCGACUCAAGGGGGAACUUCCACACACUAUGGAGCCGGAUCCUCCUUGCCUACGAGCCAGCAGAGCCCCGGAGAGCCUGGCAAGGCCGUUCGUCGAAGUGUCCGAUCAAAGCGAUGAGUGGCUGGAGCAUCAGUAUCCUCCCUUUGUCACGGGACCCCAGCUUCCCUACGCAUUCAUCCCCCUUGUCGAUACGGCCCAUGAGCCGCCUUCUGAACUCUUC